AGUCCCACGCGUCCUAACGCUGCUGCUGCUGCUGCUGCUCCUGAUUGGAUUGGGCGUCAGGUCCGAGGCUGCAAAGCCGGCACAUGCGCACAUCUGUCUGUUGAGCCAGUGCUGUGUCUGCUCUGUUUACUUUAUCAUCAAACCGGCCGCUGCAGAAACAGCAACACGUAAUAACACCCGACACAGCCAGCGCAGCCGUCGGACCAGCGCUGAAAUGUCGGCGAAUUACGCGGCGGGGCUCUCUCCUUACCCGGACAAAGGGAAAUGUGGACUCCCUGAGAACUUUGACCCCCCCGAGGAUCUGGAGCGGAAGGUUCUAGAGCUGGCAGAGAUGAUCCGGAACGCGCGGAACGUGGUGUUCCACACCGGGGCCGGAAUCAGCACCUCCGUGGGCAUUCCAGACUUCAGGGGUCCGAACGGCGUGUGGACGAUGGAGGAGAAGGGUCUGGCCCCCCGCUUCGACACGACCUUCGAGGAGGCGAGGCCCAGCAGCACUCACCUGGCCCUGCUGGCGCUGCAGCGGAGUGGCUCGCUCAAGUACCUGGUGAGCCAGAACGUGGACGGACUGCACGUGCGCUCGGGAUUCCCCAGAGACCUGCUCUCCGAGCUCCACGGGAACAUGUUUGUAGAGGAAUGCAUCAAAUGUGGCAAGCAGUACGUGCGGGACUCUGUGGUCGGGACGAUGGGUCUGAAGCCGACGGGUCGGCUGUGUGACGUCCCCAAAUCCAGGGGGCUGCGAGCCUGCCGAGGCAAACUGAGAGACACCAUCCUGGACUGGGAGGACUCUCUGCCAGACAGGGACCUGAACAGAGCAGACGAGGCCUGCAGGAGUGCGGACCUGGCCGUCACUCUGGGGACCUCCCUGCAGAUCAAGCCGAGCGGAAACCUGCCACUGCUGACCAAGCGCAACGGGGGCCGACUCGCCAUCGUCAACCUGCAGCCCACCAAGCAUGACAAGCACGCUGACCUGCGUAUCCACGGCUACGUCGAUGAUGUCAUGACCAAGCUGAUGAAGCACCUCGGGCUGGAGAUUCCGGAGUGGGAGGGGCCUGUGGUGCGGGAGAGUUCCGAGGUCGUCCCGGAGACGGUGAAACGGGAAGCCAAGUCAGAGCCCCUCUCUGCCAAGACAGAGACCAAACCCCAACCGGUCACUCCAAAACCAGAGCCGCGCUGUCACCAAAACGGGACUCGCCAGGACAACGGUGAAAAGACAGUGGAGCAGGAGGAGGCUACAGGAGACUUUCCGAGCCCGGAGUCAGCGGACACCAAACAGGACUGCCAGCCAGUGAGCAAGAGAGCCAAGCUGGAGCCUUUAGUAGCGUGAACGAAACCGUCAGGAAAACACGCGGCCUGCAACACCUCGUCUUAUACGUCCGAGACGCACAGGGCUGUCUUUAAUACUUGUCUUUUGUUUUUUAAAGCUACUUUUACAGGGCUGUAGUGUAGACACAAAGACAAUGAUAGAAAGAAUGAAAGGUGAAGUGAGUACAGGAAUUGGGACUGUUUGUGAACGCUUAUCACUGAAGGUUUCCUGCAUCACUGCUGUGAAAGGGAUCAAGCGUCUCGUUUUGAAGCAGUCUUGUCUGGGUGAAUGCAACGCUGGGGUGAUGACGCUGGCGGAUUGCUGCCUGUGGGAGUUGCAUACAUUAGCGGGUCACGCGACAGCAGGGAGAGGUCUAAAGAUUUCAUUACAGAUUCACACGUCCUCGCUCGGAUCAGCAUAUCGUUUGCAGCCCGUCAGUCCAGGAGAGAGGCGACCUUGUGAGAUCUCUCUGAGGUUCCCAUUUAGAGCUGCUGUUUCUAUAUGCAGACCGUUAAUAACUGAGACACAGAGUCGUGAAUGUGAAUACUGAGAGGCAGCUGAAGGUAGGGCUGCACACAUUGUUUAUUCAGAUAUUCAGCUUGAGCGCUCCCCACAGAAAUCAGGUGCUGGCAAUCAGACGAGGGUCAUUGGUGUUGGUCAGGCUAAUUUACCACGAACGGUGAAACGAGAGAAGAAACAGCCGCUUGAGUUUGUGCUGAUUGCUGCUUUUCAUUGGGCAACAUCGAUCAACACUCCCAAGCAGCUACUUCACUCGUUCCUCUUGGAAUGGGGAAUCCGCUCGGGCACCCCCAGUGACCCUCAACGCAGGAGAGCUUGAUCUCAUAACUGAAUAAUCGGUUUGGGUGAUUGGAUUGGGUGACAGACCUUCUGGACACGCGUCCGUUUCAAUGUCUGUAACGGAGGAUUCGUAAUUCUGUUUUACAUACUGUAUUAAAACAAACAAAAAAAAAAAGAUUGGUUUUCAUUUCAAGUCUGAUUUUCAAG